GCUCACUUUUCUUAUUUUUCAUUUCAAUCCUUUCACAAACACAAAAUGUCUUCUCGCGGCACCAAGCGCGCUUCCAGCGACAACGAGCCCACCACCCGCAAGAGCCGCCGCCUGGCCAAGGACGAGGAGGAGGAGGAGGUCCUUGACGCGCUGCCGGAGGACUACUCCGACCCCGAGGACGACGAGGAAGACUCGGAAGUCGAGGACAAGGGCGACGACGACGAUGACGACGACGACGAGGAGGACGAGGACGAUGAGGAGCAGGAGGAGGAGCCCAAGAAGGGCGACAAGCGCAAGCCAUCCAAGAAGGACGACGCCGAGGAAGAGGAGGGCGACGACGACGAGGAGCCCGAGGACGACGACGAGGAGGGUGAUGAUGGCGAGGACGACGGCGCCGAGGAAGAGGGCGAAGACGCUGCUGGCGACGACGACGACGACGAGGCUGCCGAUUCCGACGCCGAGCCGAUCGACGACGACGAGUUCAAGGCCCAGCGCCAGGAGAUCCGCCUCGACCAGGCCACUCUCAACCGCCUGAAGACCAACCUUCAAGCUGUUGAGGCAAAGCGUGCUGCCUCCAAGACCAAAACAAAGACCGAGCGAGGAGUCUUGUACGUCGGUCACAUCCCGUACGGUUUCUACGAGGAGCAGAUGCGACGAUUUUUCUCCCAAUUUGGCAACGUUUAUCGCCUGCGCAUGUCGCGCAACAAGAAGACUGGCCGAUCCCGCGGUUUUGCAUUCGUCGAGUUUGGCGACCGCGUCGUUGCUCAGACUGUUGCAGAGACCAUGAACAACUACCUCAUUUUCGGCCGACUGCUGCAGUGCCAACUGCUUGACAAGAAGGACGUCCACCCACAAACAUUCAAGAACGCCAAGAACGAGUUCCGACACAUUUCCUACAGCUUGAACGAAAAGGCGCGUCACAACAAGGAGCGCGAUCUUGUUCAAGAAGGCAACCGCGCACUCAAGCUCAUUUCCAAGCAGGAGAUGGUGCGCGCCCGAUUGGAAGCCGCUGGUAUUGAUUAUGAUUUUGGCGGUUAUGCCAGCAAUUUGCCAGAGGGUGUCAGCCAGUAAUGGUUGGGCUUUUGUUUUUCUUUUAACAAAUUAUGGAAUGAAUGAAUGAAUGAUUUUUUGACAAUCCUCCGUCCAUUACAGUAGUUCAA